CGAAAAUCGGCUGCAAAGCUCUUAUGGACCGAUAGUCUGAUUACUGUAAUUGCUGUAAUUUCUCAGUGUGUUUAUUAUCUAUUUCUAUUUCUAUAAUAUUAAUGCAAUGUAAUGUGGUAACUGAUUAGCAAGUUGAUCAGUUUACACUACUGACUAUACAUAGUGCAAGCAACAAAAAGUGGACACAGUUUAAUGUGAAACAUAAAACUAGAUUUUUAAUUCUUUAUUGGAUUGCUUAUUUCUGAAACAAGUUUUUUUUCUAAGCCUACAAGUGUUUUAUGAAAAAAUGCCUCUAUUUCGCAAGGAUCCCUGUGGAAUUAUUUGCAUUUUCAUGACAUAUUUGGCUGUGUUUUACGCAGACUAUGUUGUUGUGAGAUGGAUUGUUAUUCAAACUCUUCACAACAGUUUAUGGGGAGCUUUUCAUGCAGUUGCAUUCAACUCCAUAAUUUUACUUCUCACCUUCUCUCACUUGCGGACAGUGUUUUCAGACCCUGGCAUUGUCCCUCUUCCGCAGAGCAAACUAGAUUUUGCUGAACUUCACACAGGGACACAUAAGGAACCAUCAGGAAAAGAUGAGUACACUGUUUGCGCACGAUGUGAAACGUACCGUCCUCCCAGAGCUCAUCACUGUAGGAUUUGCCAGAGAUGUGUGCGCAGAAUGGAUCAUCAUUGCCCCUGGGUGAAUAACUGUAUCGGUCAAUACAACCAGAAAUACUUCCUUCAAUUCCUGUUUUAUGUGGGAAUAUUGUCCGCCUAUGCCGUCUUUCUAGUAGUUUUUUCCUGGAUUCAAGAUUGUGAAGAUUGUCAUAAGGACAAAUUAAUAACCCAGACAAGAAUAUUGCACUCAAUCAUACUCGUGGUUGAAAGUGGGCUGUUUGGAUUGUUUGUGACAGCGAUAAUGUGUGAUCAGCUGCAGGCUAUUUUUGGCGACGAGACGGCCGUUGAACAAGCAAAACAACAAGGGCCAUUCAGGCCAAGAAAACCUCGACUAGCAUUGCUAACAGAAGUGUGUGGUCGGGGAAGUCCAGUUUUCUGGGUAUUUCCUUGUCAGUCACCACCCAAAGAUUUAGAUUUCAUAUCAGGAUACGAUGUCUAAUUUAACAUCCUUGUUCCCCAUUGUUUGUUUGUGAAAUGCAUUCCUCAUAUCUUGGAGCAAUAUUUAUUUUCUCCACUAUCAAUGCCUUCCUUUACUAUAUGUUGAUGUCUAGUUUUUUCCCCCUCCCUUUGAUCUUUCCCUCUAGAUCAACAUGACAGCAAACUUCUUAAACGUUAAGCGACGACAAAGGUACUAUUAAAUAUUAUAAAAUGAAAUAAUAAAUUAAAGAAGACAUUGCUGAAGAUAAGUCGCUUGACGUUCUUUUAUGUUUUGUGAAAGGCAACUUUAAAUCUUGAAAAGAGCACACAUCCAUGCAUGCAUGUUCUGUUAGCUUGCAGAAUUUCUGUUUGCUACUCAAAAUACAUCGAUAAAAUGAA